CGGAAACACGAAACAACUUUCAGUUGCAAAGAAAAAAAAUCGAAAAUGGCAGCAGGAUCGCGUCGCGGUGUAAACACGGAGGAUUUGUCCAAUGUGGAAUUCGAAACGAGUGAGGAUAUUGAGGUGGUGCCCACCUUCAAUUCCAUGGGACUCCGGGAGGAGCUCCUACGGGGUAUUUAUGCGUACGGUUUUGAGAAACCAUCGGCAAUUCAGCAGAGGAGCAUUUUGCCCAUUGUCAAGGGACGCGAUGUGAUUGCUCAGGCGCAGUCGGGAACGGGAAAAACAGCCACGUUCUCAAUUGCAAUUCUCCAGAGUUUGGAUACAACAAUCCGGGAGACGCAGGUGCUGUGCCUGUCGCCAACGCGUGAGCUUGCUGUGCAGAUUCAGAAGGUUAUUCUGGCGCUGGGGGAUUUCAUGAAUGUGCAGUGUCACGCGUGCAUUGGGGGGACGAAUCUCGGGGAGGAUAUCCGGAAGUUGGACUAUGGGCAGCACAUUGUGAGCGGUACACCGGGGCGGGUGUUUGAUAUGAUUCGUCGUCGGGUGCUGAGGACACGCUCAAUUAAGAUGCUUGUGCUGGAUGAGGCUGAUGAGAUGCUGAAUAAGGGAUUUAAGGAGCAAAUCUACGAUGUUUACCGGUAUUUGCCGCCUGCAACGCAAGUUUGCCUCAUUUCCGCUACACUCCCGCACGAAAUCCUGGAGAUGACGUCGAAGUUCAUGACAGACCCCAUAAGGAUUCUCGUGAAGCGCGACGAGUUGACACUGGAGGGUAUUAAGCAGUUCUUCGUGGCUGUGGAGCGUGAAGAGUGGAAAUUUGAUACGCUGUGCGACCUGUAUGACACACUGACCAUCACGCAGGCGGUGAUUUUCUGCAAUACCAAGAGGAAGGUGGACUGGCUGACGGAGAAGAUGCGUGAGGCAAAUUUCACCGUGAGCUCCAUGCACGGGGAUAUGCCGCAGAAGGAGCGUGAUGAGAUCAUGAAGGAAUUCCGUUCGGGACAGAGUCGUGUUCUCAUCACCACGGACGUCUGGGCGCGUGGCAUUGAUGUCCAGCAGGUGUCGUUGGUCAUCAACUACGAUCUCCCAAAUAAUCGUGAGCUCUACAUUCAUCGCAUUGGCCGUUCCGGGCGUUUUGGGCGCAAAGGUGUCGCCAUUAACUUUGUCAAAUCGGACGAUAUUAGAAUUCUGCGGGACAUUGAGCAGUACUAUUCCACACAAAUUGAUGAGAUGCCAAUGAAUGUGGCUGAUUUGAUCUAAAAAAAAUUAAUAAUUCGCAUUACCAACUACUUUGUAUUUAAUUCUCACCCCCACAUCAUUAAUGAAAAAAAACUAAAUAUUAUAUUUCCAAUAUGUGUACUUUGUGGAAUAAAAAAAAUUAAAUUGAAUUGGUAAAGAAAA